UAGCCUAAGGCAUCUGAACAGCCAGUGGGCACUAUUCACUCCGCCCAGCCUCCUAACCUCCAGCACACAGCACAGCAGGAACCAUGAUCCUGCCCUCCAUUCUGCUACUUGUUGCCCACACCCUGGGAGCAAAUGUUGAAUGUGGCGUGAGACCCCUGUAUGACAGCAGAACUCGACACUCCAGGAUCAUAGGAGGGCAGGAGGCUGAGGUGGGUGAGUUUCCGUGGCAGGUGAGCAUUCGAGAAAUGAGACAACAUUUAUGUGGUGGCUCCAUUAUCAGCGAGUGGUGGAUCCUCACCGUGGCUCACUGCUUUUAUUCUGAGAUUUCCCCCGAAGGACUGACAGUCAUAGUGGGAACCAAUGACUUAACUACCUCACCCAAGGAACUACAGGUCAGCAGCAUAAUUCGCCACAAAAACUUUCAAAGAUACAACAUGGACAAUGAUAUUGCCUUGUUGCUGCUGGCCACGCCCAUCAAAUUCAAUGAUCUGACAGUGCCCAUCUGCCUGCCUUUCCAACCCAUCCCUUCCAGCUGGCAUGACUGUUGGGUGGCAGGAUGGGGCAUAACCAACUUAGUCAACAAAUCAUCUGCAAAAACCGACCUGAUGAAGGCACCGAUGCGCAUUAUAGACUGGAAGGAAUGCACAAAGAUAUUUACGAAGCUGACCACCAACAUGCUGUGUGCUGCAUAUGACAAUGAGAGCUAUGAUGCCUGCCAGGGUGACAGUGGGGGACCACUUGUCUGCAACACGGAGCCUGGAAAGAAGUGGUAUCAGGUGGGCAUCAUCAGCUGGGGCAAGAGCUGUGGAGAAAAAGGCAUUCCAGGAAUAUACACCGUGUUGUCAAACUAUACCCUGUGGAUUGAGAAAAUAGCCCAGAUAGAGGGGAAGCCCCUGGAUGUUAAGCAUUUGAGGGACUCUGGCAAGAAGAAAACCCGAGGACGCAGCCAUUCCUCCAAAUGCCAAGUACUGGGCUACCCCAAAAGCUGGUUCCUGUCCUGCCUUCUGACCUGGGUGCUACUCAGAGCCUUGUCCAACUGGGAAUAAUAAAGUGAUGCCGUCUCAAACCCCCA